CGGGGUCCAAUGGGUGCCGGCUCCCGAGGAGAGGGCGGAGGAGAGGAGGAAGGAGGCGGGCUCUGGGCCCCGGCCCCAUUCAUUGCCGCGGCCGGCGGGGCGGGGGUCCCGUGUUUUCCGAGUCAUGGAGGCGCUAAUUCCUGUUAUCAACAAGCUCCAGGACGUCUUCAACACGGUGGGCGCCGACAUCAUCCAGUUGCCUCAGAUCGUCGUGGUGGGGACGCAGAGCAGUGGAAAGAGCUCAGUGCUAGAAAGCCUAGUGGGGAGGGACCUGCUUCCCAGAGGCACUGGUAUUGUCACCCGGAGACCUCUCAUUCUGCAGCUAGUCCAUGUUUCACCCGAAGAUAAACGAAAAACAACAGGAGAAGAAAAUGACCCUGCUACAUGGAAAAACUCAAGACACCUUUCUAAAGGGGUUGAAGCAGAAGAAUGGGGUAAAUUCCUUCACACCAAAAAUAAGCUUUACACGGAUUUUGAUGAAAUUCGACAAGAAAUUGAAAAUGAAACAGAAAGGAUUUCAGGAAAUAAUAAGGGAGUAAGCCCUGAACCAAUUCAUCUUAAGAUUUUUUCACCCAAUGUUGUCAAUCUGACACUUGUGGAUUUGCCAGGAAUGACCAAGGUGCCUGUAGGUGAUCAACCUAAGGAUAUUGAGCUUCAAAUUAGAGAGCUCAUUCUUCGGUUCAUCAGUAACCCGAAUUCCAUCAUCCUUGCUGUCACUGCUGCUAAUACAGAUAUGGCAACAUCAGAGGCACUUAAAAUUUCAAGAGAGGUAGAUCCAGAUGGUCGCAGAACCCUAGCUGUAAUCACUAAACUUGAUCUCAUGGACGCAGGUACUGAUGCCAUGGAUGUAUUGAUGGGCAGGGUUAUACCAGUCAAACUCGGAAUAAUUGGAGUAGUUAACAGGAGCCAGCUAGAUAUUAACAAUAAGAAGUGUGUAACUGAUUCAAUCCGUGAUGAAUAUGCUUUCCUUCAAAAGAAAUAUCCAUCUCUGGCCAAUAGAAAUGGAACAAAGUAUCUUGCUAGGACUCUAAACAGGUUACUGAUGCAUCACAUCCGAGACUGCUUACCAGAACUGAAAACAAGAAUAAAUGUUCUAGCUGCUCAGUAUCAGUCUCUUCUAAAUAGCUAUGGUGAACCUGUGGAUGAUAAAAGUGCUACUUUACUCCAGCUUAUUACCAAAUUUGCCACAGAAUAUUGUAACACUAUUGAAGGAACUGCAAAGUAUAUCGAAACUUCUGAGCUAUGCGGUGGUGCUAGAAUAUGUUAUAUUUUCCAUGAGACUUUUGGGCGAACCUUAGAAUCUGUUGACCCACUAGGUGGCCUUAAUACUAUUGACAUUUUGACUGCCAUUAGAAAUGCUACUGGUCCUCGUCCUGCUUUGUUUGUGCCUGAAGUUUCAUUUGAGUUACUGGUCAAGCGGCAAAUCAAACGUCUGGAAGAGCCCAGCCUCCGCUGUGUGGAACUGGUUCAUGAGGAAAUGCAAAGGAUCAUUCAGCACUGUAGCAAUUAUAGUACCCAGGAAUUGCUGAGGUUUCCUAAACUUCAUGAUGCCAUAGUUGAAGUAGUGACUUGUCUUCUUCGUAAACGGUUGCCUGUCACAAAUGAAAUGGUCCAUAAUUUAGUGGCAAUUGAAUUGGCUUAUAUCAACACAAAACAUCCAGACUUUGCUGAUGCUUGUGGGCUAAUGAACAAUAAUAUAGAGGAACAAAGGAGAAACAGGCUAGCAAGAGAAUUACCUUCAGCUGUAUCACGAGACAAGUCUUCUAAAGUUCCAAGUGCUUUGGCACCUGCCUCCCAGGAGCCCUCCCCUGCUGCUUCUGCUGAGGCUGAUGGCAAGUUAAUUCAGGACAGCAGAAGAGAAACUAAAAAUGUUGCAUCUGGAGGUGGGGGGGUUGGAGAUGGUGUUCAAGAACCAACAACAGGCAACUGGAGAGGAAUGCUGAAAACUUCAAAAGCUGAAGAGUUAUUAGCGGAGGAAAAAUCCAAACCAAUUCCAGUUAUGCCAGCCAGUCCACAAAAAGGCCAUGCUGUGAAUUUGCUGGAUGUGCCGGUUCCUGUUGCACGAAAACUAUCUGCCCGUGAACAGAGAGAUUGUGAAGUUAUUGAACGACUUAUCAAAUCAUAUUUUCUUAUUGUCAGGAAGAAUAUUCAAGACAGUGUGCCAAAAGCAGUAAUGCAUUUUUUGGUUAAUCAUGUGAAAGAUACUCUUCAGAGUGAGUUAGUAGGACAGCUGUAUAAAUCAUCGUUAUUGGAUGAUCUUCUGACUGAAUCUGAGGACAUGGCACAGCGCAGGAAAGAAGCAGCUGAUAUGCUAAAGGCAUUACAAGGAGCCAGUCAAAUUAUUGCUGAAAUCCGAGAGACUCAUCUUUGGUGAAGAGAACUGUUUAAUACUGAGACUUUGUUGACUCGAAACUUGCUAGUUACUGCCUACUUGAGUAGAAUUUUAUUUAUGAACUCCUGUGUAUUGCAAUGGUAUGAAUCUGCUCAUGUGAAGACUGGCUAUAAACUGAAAAUUGUACUCUGUAUUACAGAACAAAUCACACCUUUAAUCCAAAUAAUAAAUGGCUGUUUCUAAAGUUUCCCAGUAUAUAUAAAAUACAUCGUCUGUCUUGUGACAGUUUCAUUUGAAUUUAAAAAGACCUGUUAACGUUCUAGUUGUAAAAGCAGUUUGCCUGUGGAUAAGAUGACCUGUGUAAUCUGUUAGUAAUCUUAAAGCCGCUGCCAUAGUCCUUCAAGAACGCACCAAGACGACAUUUCAUACGACUAUAAUGCAUGCACUGUAUAAACCAAUCUGGCUUUGAAAGAUGUGGGUUGACAAGUUACUCACAUAGUCACUGUAUUCCACCUGUCCUUUGAUUUAGUUUUAUUGAGCUUCUCUGCAACUUUUGACAUGUUAGUAAGAAAACUGAACACACAAGAGGAUCAGUAACAUUGACAGUGAUGCAGUGUGCAUGAUGUGUAGCUACACAACCCUUCCAUUUCUGGGCCCACGUUGCCCGAGUGCAUUAAAAAUUAAAUAUCUUUGAUUUUUACUUAAAUCUGGAAGCAUAAGUUAUGUUUUCCUGUAUUAAAAACAACCAUCUAGGCUUGAAUAUCUAGUAAGACCAGUUCCUUUUUAGUUUUUAGAGUUCUAAUAAAUUCCCGUUGGUUUCCAAAUAUAAUAGUAGUUACUCAGAUCCAUCUUUAAAUUAGGGCACUUACACCAUGCUCCAAGAUUCACUUGGAGGUGGGACUUAAAAAACCAAAUACUAUGUUAAUCAUUGAAGUGUAUCUUCUCUCUAUAAGUAUUAGUUGGUAAUAAGUUACUGUUGAGUCACACAAACACCAACAAAAUACAUUAGAAUAGAGGUAUAAGAAUACUGGUGGAGCCUUAUUAUUUAAAUAAGAAAAACAUCUGGACAUACACCCCUAAAGGCUUACAGACUACUAAAUUGCAUUCAUGGGGUAGGAGUGACGUUUAGGACAUAUAUAUGUUUUAUUAAAAUCCCCUAGGUGAUUGCUGAAUAUGAAUUGUAUUAUAAAUUGUAAGAUAUGGAUCGAAAUCCUUAAGGCCUCUAGCUCCAUCUCUAACAUAACAUGUUAAGUAAAUUAUAUAUUGCAGAUAUUAAAAUUUCUUUUUAGUUGUGACAUUUAUGAAGGACUAUUGGCAGGGACAAGAUGAAUACGUCUGUUAACUUUUGCUUAUGGUACCCAUUUACUAAGAAACAAUAGGCUCAGCAACUGAUCUCCAACAUAAAAAACCAGGUUCAAUAUGCUAUCAUAUGGUACUACUUUGAAUCUGUCAGUACCAUCUUGACAGAAUAUAUGCUACCGAAAUGUUUGUUAGCACACUGUAAAAUCACUCUGCCAUCAUUAAACAUCAGUUUUGAACUUAUAGCCAUCCAUAUUUACUUAUUUCAGCUAGAUCAGAUGACUAGCAUUCUACCCUUCUGAAUUUGUAAGGGAGGAAAAAAAACCUUAUAAUUAAAGCACUUUCUCCAGCAUAUCAAACAGAUUUCAAAUUGAAAAUGUUUUAAAGUAAUGCACUUGCUAGUACUACACACCUUGUACAGAGAAAAACAGAGGCAAGAAAGGUAUGGACAGAGAAAACCUUCCUUUGUUGGUCCUCAAAUUGAAGUUCUGAAAUGUAGAGAUGAUCUCUGACAUAUACCUGUAUGUUCUUGCUAUGUAAAUAAAAUUGCUGAUAUGAAAUGAC